GCAGAUCGUUUGCAAUUCAUUAGAAUACACCCAUUGUUUGUGGACCUAUUUCUCAAAAAACGUAACAUCAUACUCUGAUCAUGCAAGAUUCUAACUUUUCGCUGAACCGAAGACAAAGUUGUUAAGAGAUGUGACCAAAUGAAGAAAAGGAGGCCAUUUGAUGAUCUUGACAAUAAAACCCUCCAUUGUAGAAAUCCCUUUGCCAACAUAAAACUGUCAUGGAAGGAGAUGGAAAGUGUGCAAAGCGACCUAGAAUGUCUCCUUCCUCCAUCAUUGCCUCAGCUAACUCCAAAGACAAGACGUCCCCUGCUAACAAAGCCUCAGGCACAGGCAAUUUCAGAGCUGACAAUGGGGCCAUUAUUAAUGCUCCACAAGUUGCAAAUUGCAAUAUUACUGGGUCUGUUACAUUCAACACUGUUGUGGGCAACAAACAAGAUGAUGCAGAUGCAGAUGUGGAUUCCGCACGAGAUAGAAUUUCAAAUGUCCUGAAGGACAAAAUGAAAAGAAAAGUCCAGUAUAUCAUGGAGGGCAAUGACAAUAGACAAAAUAAGAAGCUCCUAAACCAAAUCUACACAAAAGUCUACAUCACUGAGGGAGAAACUAGAGUUAUUGAUGAGCAUGAAAUCAUCCAGAUAGAUUCAGCUGCCAAGACACAAUCACAUGGUAAAGAAAUUGAAUGCAACAAUCUUUUCCAGCAAGAUGGAGAUAUCAGGACUGUGUUAACCAAAGGAAACGCCGGGAUAGGGAAAACAGUUUGUGUGCAUAAGUUUAUCCUUGACUGGGGGGAGGGCAAAGCCAAUCACAAUAUCAAGCUUAUCUUUUUCCUACCAUUUCGGGAGCUCAGUUUACUUACAGGAGAAUUUAGUUUUCAUAAACUUCUUGUUGAGUUCCAUCGAGAACUGAACAAUCUCAACAAUCCAGAUAUCUACGACAGCAAUACAACUCUCUUCAUUCUUGAUGGCCUGGAUGAAAGCAGAUUUCCUUUGAACUUUUCCAAGAAGAUGGUAGCAGACAUGCAUAUGCCCACCACAGUGGAUGUCCUAAUCACAAGCCUCAUUAAAGGGAAGCUGCUCGAGUCUGCUCUCCUUUGGAUAACCUCACGGCCGGCCGCUGUCACCCAGGCCCUCUUUACACACAUCGACCUGGUUACAGAAGUCCGAGGUUUCAAUGACCCACAGAAGGAGUACUUCUACAAAAGGAUCAGGGACCCUGACCUUGCCGGCCCCAUAAUCGUACACAUCAAAUCAUGUCGAGUCCUCUAUAUCAUGUGCCACAUCCCUCUGUUUUGUUGGAUUGCUGCAACCGUCUUUCAGAACAUGUUUGAACAAGGUGACUACAAAGAAAUUCCCAAGACGCUUUCCAGCAUGUAUUGCCACUUCUUACUCAUUCAGACUGACAGAACUCACCAGAGGCACCAUGGUGAAAAUCAACGGAGCAGGCGGAAACUUCUAGAGGGUAACACGGAUGUCAUUCUGAAAGUUGCCCAGCUAGCAUUUACACAGCUUGAGAAGGGCAGACUCCUUUUCAGUGAAGAGGACCUUGUGGAUUGUGGAAUUGAGGCAAAUGAUUCCCUUGUCUCUGAGAUGUGCACGCAGAUUUUGAAGGUGGAACCCAUCUGUCAUGUGAACACAUUCCAAGAGGAGCUCUACUGCUUUGUACAUCUGAGCAUCCAGGAGUUCCUUGCUGCUUUUUAUGCAUUUCACUGUUACAUAAGCAAGAACCUGGAACCUGUGAAGUGCUUUCUGGCUCUGAAGAGGAAAGCUUUGCCUGAGCAUUUGGAUGACUUUAUGAAAAUGGCAGUCAACAAAGCACUGGACAGUAAAAGUGGACACUUCGAUCUGUUUGUCAGAUUUCUUCAUGGCUUUGCACUGGAGGCUAACCAAAAUCUGUUAAGUGGUCUCCUGCCCCGUGUUGAGUCUAAUCCAGAGACCAUGAAAAGAAUCAUCAGCAACCUCAAGAAAGUACAGAGGAGGAACAUCUCAGCAGAACGAUGUAUGAAUCUCUUCCACUGCCUCAGUGAAAUGAAUGACAGCUCUGUCCAUGAGGAAGUCCAGGGAUUUCUGAAUUCAGAGAAAGGCUCUGUUAAAAUGUUGUCACUGGCACAUUGCUCUGCGCUUGCCUACACGCUUCAGCUCUCUGAUGACGUCCAUGAAGAGUUUGAACUGAGGAAGUUCAACACAUCUGAUGAAGGUCGCAAGAGGCUGGUUCCAGCUGUGAAAAGCUGUUCUAGGGCUUUGCUUGCUGGCUGUAAACUCACAGGGAACUCCUGUGAAAUUGUGGCUUCAGCAUUACAGUGUGCUAACUCACCACUGAAAGUGUUGGACCUGAGUGACAACGAUCUUCAGGAUUCUGGAGUGAAGAUUCUUUGUUCUGGACUGAAAAGUACAAACUGUAAACUGGAGACAUUAAGAUUGUCUUGCUGUGGGAUCACAAAGACUGGCUGUGAGGCAUUGGCCUCUGCUCUGCGUUCCAAUCCGUCCUACCUGAGAGAGCUUGACUUGAGUCGCAAUUACCCAGAGAAUGAGGGAAAGGCCAUACUCUCUAAAAUACAGAAGAAACUAGGGAGUGUAAUACGUUUUGAUGAAGAGGCAGAAUACUGGCUGAAGUCUGGUCUACGAAAAAAAUAUUCCUACAAAAUUACUUUGGACCCGAACACGGCCCACAAAAAGUUAAGUUGGAAGAACCAAAAGGUUAGCGUGAAAAAACAGGACCAGACGUAUCCAGAAGAUCACCCAGAACGAUUUCAGCACUGUCAGCAAUUCCUUUGUACUAAGGGCCUGACCGGAAAAGCCUACUGGGAAGUGGACUGGAGUGGACGAGCUGCAAUUGGUGUUGCGUACAAGAGUAUUUGCAGGGACAGAAAAGACGAGAGUCAGAUAGGAUGCAAUGACAAGUCCUGGUGUCUGGAGCGAUUCACCACCUUAUUCAGUGCCAAACACAAUAAUCACACUGAAAACAUCUCAACUCCUCGCUCUAAGUCUGGGCGACUAGGAGUGUUCUUGGACAGGCAAGGUGGAACUCUGUCCUUCUACAAUAUCUCCUCAGGAGCAUCGACACACCUGCACACAUUCCGUGCUAGAUUUGUUGAACCUCUCUACCCAGCGUUUGAGGUUUCAGAGAGUGUUACUCUGUGCCAACUCAAAGAGCAUACUAAGAGACAGGAUAACGAGUCCUAAAAUGCUUUGUUGUGCUACGAUCACUAUUAUAUUACCUUUGGUCAUCAUGAUGUAGUCAGGCUGCAUUUCUGCAUAUGUUUGUAAACUGUUGAUGUUCCUGUUUUUAUACCAAUGUUUAAGCUUUUGUAACUACUUUUAAAUUGCUUGCUUCAACAGUUUAGUGAUUGAAAUCACUGUUCAGUUAUGCAAAGGAUUAUGAGGCCUUUAUAUGAGGUCAUCAUAUAGCCAACCUAUCGUAAAACAUUUUGUUGGAGUAAAAUCCUUACAUAUUGAAAUCUUUCAGAAGCAUUUAGGAUAUUCUCUGAUAUUUUUACUGUAUAUGAGCAAAAAUAUCAGAUGCUGUAUACGAGCGCGCUUUGUUAGCCUCAUCCAUUUUUUGUUUUUCUCUAUGGUUGUGCAACAUGGUCUCACACCCAACUCGUCGAACGAGGACGCAUGGUCCAGCCCCCUGGCGUCAAUAUCAGAAGCCGAAGGUGAGCUAAAGUGGGCUCAAGGACUCUGUACACAGAUAGAGCAUUCUGAUUGGCUAGGCUGGCCUGGAGCUUAGCGCAGGCUUGGCCUCAACGGUGCGAUCCUAGACCAUCCCACUAUAGGCAAAAAUAUUUUUGGCCGCGAGGGUGCGUCUAGAUUUCUAGGCUAACUUUCUGAAAUACAUGUCACUGAUUAUGUUAAUGCAUAUUAAAAAAAAACAAUAAAUCAACAAACAAAAAUACUUUGUUCAUGUGUGCAAAUAAAAUGCCUGAAGAGUACCCUUGUGGGUCGAAACACUGCAUGUGGUUUUAA